UCAAGUCAUUUUUGAAGGAAAUGACUCAACGCUUUUUGUGUAAUUUCUAAAAGGUUUUAUCCAGCAAAGUUAGGAAACGAGAGCACCUCAAAUACCGCAACCAAAGGACACCAAUCCAUUUGAUAUGGAGGACGAGUCUGCCCAAGGAUUGGCUUCUGCAGAAAAAAAGAGGGCUGUUGAACAGCGAACUCUGGACUCCACCAAAAAGAGCUUGGGUCUGCUCUACGAAGCCCAGGAAAUAGGCAACGCCACUGCUGUGGAGCUGGGAAAGCAGCGGGAGCAGCUGGACAAGGCCACGGCCCAGUUGGACGAGAUGAACUCCACGCUGCACAUUAACAAGAAUCAAAUAAAUCGCCUAAAGAGCGUAUUUGGCUGCGUGAAGAACUUCCUCUCCGGUAACCAAAACAAGACAUUGACUACUGCUAAUAAGUCCUCAGGUGCCAAUAGCAACAGUGAAAAUGAAAGACCUAUCACCUCGGCUCAUCUUCCAACAUCUGAGGGCUAUGAAAAUCACCCAGUAAGUAAUCUCCGUGAAGAUCCCAGCAGCACAUAUCAUCCCCAGCGGCAUGCGGCAAAUGCCUUCCAGGUCCAGAUCGGCGCCAAUCUGGAGGAGAUAGAUAGCAAUCUUUCGGUGCUCAAGAUGAUAGCCACCAAACUGGGUGGUGAAAUUGAGUCGCAGAACGAGCUGCUGGAUAAUCUAAACCCCAAAAUCGAGGAUGUCGAUUUGCAGGUCCACAAGCAGAACCAGGACUUGACCAAGCUGCUAAAGAAAUGAAAGGGGGACUCCAUUAUAAACAAAUUAUAGUCAUAGCAUGCCGCAAGAUAAAAGAUACCAUUGCAUACACAUAUCUGCCACACUAUGUUUUAUUAUUAGAAAUUAAGAGUUCUUAAAAAUGAUGUAAAAUUUUUUUGGGUGGGGUUAUUUUUGGUACUUACAUAUGUGCCUUUCUUAUCUUCGGUGCUGAUGCAUCAUGUGUACAUUUUAAAACAAAUUAUGACUCAAGUCGCUGCUUCCAUAUAUUCCGAAAUUGAUGUGAUUUGAUUUAAAAUUAAAAUUAAUCCUUCUUAUUCGUUCUUAUCUAAAAAUACCCAAUAAA